UAGCCGCCGCGCCGCGUCACUACGUGCCGCGCGCGCCCUGUCGCUCGUCGCGCUCCCGCGACCAGUAGGCGUGCCGAGGGUGACUCGACGACGGAGAGCCGCGUGUGAGGGUUUAACGCCGCGCGUCGGGGAGAGGCAUAUCACGACGCAGUCCCCGCAACCCCCGGGGUGAGUCCGGAAGGAGAGGAGUCUCUCAUCAUCCCCGAGCGAGCAGGAUGUCUCUCGCGAGAUGCGAGUAGGUCGCGGCUGCGCUCGCGGUGGACGCGUUAACUCGGUGUGGCGAGUGCGAGGAUGCAACCGUGAUUUCGGCGAGUCCGGUAAACGGUGAGAGAAGCUGUGUUCGCGAUUUUAGGACGCGUGCGAGGCUCGUCGCAUCGUUUCUUGUGCGGACGCGACGGGGUAGUUUUCGGCUUCUCCGCUCUUCCGCCUGCUCUUUCUCCGUCUCGAUUCCUCCUCCUGAAAUAUGUAAUAUUUGUGAGAUUCCUCGACAAUCCGUGCUUUCUUCAUUAAUACUUUUUUAAAAAUAUUUUUUCACCUUUUCUUUGUGUUUUUGCCUGAAAGUGUCAAAUGUGGUAGCUUUGAUCAUAUGGCUGUUGACUCGCCCUUACAAGUUAAGUGUUAGGCGUGUCAGAGAUUGCUGCGAACGAGUGGGCUGAGAUUGAGAUGAUCUUCUGGAUCUGUUUUCUUCGUUUUUCCUGUGCCUGGGAUAGACACUGACGAUAUGGAUACAAUAUGGCUUCGGUACACUGGCAUGCCUCUGGGAAUAGUUUUCUCUCGCCAGUCUUCGUGUUACUCUUGUUGCUCUGUCCGCACAACUCUACAGCCCGCGAGGUAAUUGACGCACCGCCGCCGCAACGAGACUACGUUCCAUCACUGCCACCACCACCGGGAGGUCUCACCACUGCCAGAACACCAAAGUGUGACCAAAAGUUCGUAAGCACUCCUAACGGGCCGUUGAAUGGGUCCUUCCAUGCACCGACGUUGAUCAACCCCGAGGGCGAGCCGCGACAGUGCGUUUUCACGUUCCUCGCGGGUCCGCAUCAGCGUGUCGAAUUGAUCUUCCAGCACUUCGGUCUUCGAGGAAAACCGCCAGAUGGGUCUGCUGUGGGAGAAUUGCCUGCCUGUGUUCACGAAUACAUGGACAUAUACUCGGAGAUACGAUCGGAGAAUACGACCAAGCUGAUAGAAACGCCGUUUGGUGGACGGUUUUGCGGGCCAAUUCCACCUCGCCGACGAGUCUCUCUUUAUCAGGGAAUCGCGCUCAGUUUCUUCACCGACAAGAAUGUCACGUUUCCGAACAUCUUCAGUGGUGUCUACAGAUUCCUCAAUGCUUCCGAGUAUGAAGUGGGCGCACUGGAACCGAACACGCCGUGCACCUUCACGAUACGCGAGCAAGCGAAACGUACCGGGAACAUAUUGUCACCCACUUAUCCUGGCUCCUAUCCGAAGGACCUCGUUUGCAGCUACCAGUUCAUCGGGAAGCCAGGGCAACGUGUGCGAUUGGAAUUCCGCGACUUCGAUCUGUUCUUCGGCGGGCCGCAUUGUCCGUUGGAUUACGUGAAGGUGUACGACGGUCUUAAUAGUUCAAACGCCGUCAUCGGCACGUACUGCGGCCAGCAGCGAAAUUUGGUGUUGUACUCCUCGGAGAAUAGUUUGUUCGUGCUGUUCGUCACACUAAAGCGCACGGCGAACACGCAGAAUCGAGGAUUCAAAGGCAUUUUCGAGUUCUCGGAGAGUUUCGUUAGUUUGGACUUUAUAACGGAGUACCAUGGCGAGCAUAUCCGUGGAUCCGAGUGCGACCAAAAGAUUCUCAGCAAGAAGGAGACCUCGGGAUUCGUAGUUAGCCCAAAUUUUCCAUAUCCUUAUAUACCUAAGGUCGUCUGCCGCUAUUUUAUCUAUGGGAUGCAAGACUCGCAGCAUUUGGAACGGGUGCGACUGGAGUUUUCACAAUUCAUGAUACAGAUGCCGAAAGGAGAAGCAUCGUGCACCGAUGGCUAUCUGAAAUUGUAUCUGAAGGGGCAGGAAGCAACAGACUCUUACGACAAAUUCGAUUACGAGAUGUGUGGUAACAAAAGCAAUCCGAGCCAGGUAGUUAGCGACGGGCCCAGACUCGUGAUGGUGUUCAGCAGCGGGGAAUUGCAAGCGAAAGGCUUCAAAGCUAAGUACACCUUUGAGACGGAAUAUAAGAUACCGGGUACCGCGGCUCCCGACGGCACCUGCAGCUUUACCUACCGCAGUGACUCCCGCAAACGCGGAGAAUUCAAUUCGCCCCGGUAUCCGAGCAACUAUCCGAGCGACACGAAUUGCACGUACUUCUUCCUGGCGACGCCGAACGAGCAGGUCGCUUUAAUUUUCGAUCAUUUUAAAGUCCGAACGAAAAACAUCAAUGUCACAGUCGGGCAUUAUGGAUUCGAGCUUUGCCAGGACGACUGGUUGGAAAUUUACAACAUGUAUCGGGAUAAUACGGAGAAAUUGAUAGGAAGAUAUUGCGGCGGGACCGCGCCAGGCCCGGUGGAAUCGAAUCUCGGCGCUCUUGGUUUGAAAGUGAUUUUGCACUCCGAUUCCGAGCUUGUCUACAGUGGCUUCAAAGCGCGUUACACCUUCGAGGUCGCUAAACCUAUUUUUGGAGAUUGUGGAUCAAAUAUUAGUAGCUUAAAUUACGGUAUAAUAACCAGCCCGAAUUUCCCGAACAAAUAUGACGGUCCCAUGAAGAAUAUCGCCACGAAAACCUGCAACUGGUUCAUAAGGGUUCGGCCGAAUCACCAGAUCCUCUUAAACUUCGAGCUCUUUUCCGUGGAGGGCGAUCAAUUGGCACGGGGUUGCCCGGCGGCUGUCUUACGCAUGUGGUACUCGUUGACGUCCACUCCGAACGAGCUCUGCGGCGUUAAAACCACCGACGCUAACUGGGGUUUCCUCUCGGAGGAUAAUAAUAUGCGACUCAGCUUCAUAUCGGCGGACAAAGCGGUCGGGCAGCAGGGCUUCCGGGCGGUGUGGACCGAAGUGAGCACGGAUACGGACUGCCAAGAUCAAUUUCUGUGCACGAAAUCUAAGUACUGCAUCGCCGAAUCGCUGCGGUGCAAUAAUAUUGAUAAUUGCGGGCCGGAUGACGCGUCGGACGAGGAGAACUGCCUCGUAGCAGUUCCGGCAGACAGCUACGCAGUCCCGAUCGGCUAUGCAAUCGGCAGCAUCCUGGUAGCUCUGGUGCUUUGCCUGAUCUGCCACCGGAUGCUGAGGCGACGGGCGCGCGGCAUGCAGAUCGACGAGUUGCCGCCGCAGCGGGUGAUCGACGAUCGGCGUCACUGCUAUCACCAGCACAACUUGCUGCGGCAUCAGCACCAGGACUACGCCCCGGGGCUACGCGGCUUCAACCAGUAUCAGCUGGAGCAGCCGAGCCCGCCGAGCGAGAGCGACGAGGACGAGGCCGAGGAGCCUGAGCAGAGUGGCGAUCAGGAGACGAGUAGUCCUGACAGCGUGUGACGCCGAUCACCGCGUCCUCCGCGUCUCUCUGUGACGUGUAAUCCGUUGUUGUUGUUGCUGCACGCUGCGAGAAAGAUGGAGGAAGCCGCGGAGGAGGAGGAGAGCGGUACGACGGUGUCGUUGUACGAGCGCUUCGUAACGUUCUAUUGUAAAUUGAUCGCGUGUAUGCGGCGCGUGUGCACGCGUGUACAAGAAUUGUACGCGGCGCUGAACGUGAACACGCGCUUUUUAAAUUGAGCCACAAUUUUUCAAUUGUAGACGAUUUGGGAGACUUCUUAAGGCGAAACGAAAACGUUGAGUGCAAGUGUCGGAUGCGAGAUUAACGCACGUAAGAUGAUGCCUUCAACAAGCACCGCGAAGAAGCUGCCACCGCGUUAGACAACGGUUUGCGCGUUAAAAACAAAAACACACUACCGCGGGUUCGAGAUGAAUUAAUCUCGUUAAUUAUAAUCUCGUUAGCCUUUCACGUGAGAGAAAUUUUCGACGGUUCGUACGGUGAUUCCUAGCUUGAUCGACUCGCUUGAUGGACUCUCCGGUCAUACUUGAAGUAAAUAUUAUAUAUAUUUCGUCGUAUACGUACACCCGAGCAAUAGUUACUACGUUGCCAUAAAUUGCAAUACAAUAAUGUAAUAAAAACCAGUUCGCCAUACAGGGGGAUGCGAUGUAAUGUACGUGACAUAAUAUUUUAUACGCUCAACAUUCAAGAGAACUUAAGAGGCACCGAUAUCCUUUACUAAGCUGUGCUUUAAGGUGUCCUUUAGGCGGCCGCUUGUCGCCUCUGAUGACGACAAGUGAGGUCUCGCAUUUUUGGGAUAACGCGAUCUCUUGAUCUCCGAUUUAACGAUUAUAAGCGCGAUAUAUUAUAUAUAAUAAUAUAUAAGCACGUGUACUUUGAUACGUAUACAUACAAAUUAAUAUCACGAUGAACGCUGCCAUCGGGUCGCUGGUAACGAAGUAUAUUCUAAAUUACCGAUAUGUAAAUCACACGAUAUGUAAUAAAUCACACGCUAACUACAACGCACUGCAAGAUUGUCCGGACGCGGGUCUCUCGCGGGUCACCGUAGCGUGAUCGCGCGGAGGAGAGCAACAGGCGAGAAGCUCGACAAAAGACAGAGUCCGCUAGUAAUGUAUGACUUUAUAUAUAUAUAUAUAUGUAUAUGUAUAUCGAACCGCUGUGUUCAAUUCUCUCCUUUAAUACAUACAAGAGAAGCACGAUUAUGUGAUAUCGGAUACGCGAGUAGGUAACACGUUGUUGGCGCAGAUUGCGCGGCAUUGUCACGCGUGGUUUGUUCAUUCGCCGGGAAUUCGUACGUGCUAGCUACGCUUAUUCCUAAACAGUACCGCACAAAUUGAGCGUAUUUAUUGAGUAGAGAACACCCUGGUUUUAGCUAGAAAUCGAUUUUCGCUUCUCGAUGCGAUUCAGGUGGCUGAUACUCGGUGUGUUACCUUUAGUGAGGCCAACGUACGUUGCGUAUUUGCGGUAUUUUCGAAAAUUUAACGAUAAAGUUUGCGGACGAAGCGAGAGAGUUUGCCGAAGUAAAUUGUUAGUUUUUAACUCGCAUCGCGCCAUUAAAUGAAAGGAUUAAAUAGCAUUCACAGUGAGACCAAAACAGAAUAAAUAAAUUCUGGACGUUCGAGCGGCAUUCGAGGCCGAUCUUGUGCCUGUUUGUUAAAUGAAAUGUUUAAAUUUCGAUAUAAUUCGUAAUUGAAGAUUACGCCGAACACACACACACACACGUACAAAAUAAUAUAUUAUUAUUUAAUUUCACACAUAUUACUAAGUAUUGGUAGGAAUUUUAUUGUUGAUAUUGAUUAAAGAAUGCGGUUCGAACGUCCAGAAAUUAAGAAUAUAAUACACUCAAUCGAAUAAAAGUAGACAUAAUUGUAAAGCAUGAAAGAAAGAUAUACAUUUAUUGCUAUUUGGGCAAAUAAAGUACGGAAUAGGCUAAAUAAAUAUGUAAUCGUAUUUUAUGAAGUGCAAUCGUGGAAAAAUAGGAGAGAACGCACCGACCUGCAUUUAUACUCAUCCUUUUUGUAGACUCGUAGUCUAAUCACAACGAUCGAUGACGACAUAAUUAGUCAUACAUACUGUACAUACUGUUUACAGAGCCGUGGAGGAUUGUGAAAUUAAUAUUUUACUAUUUGUCUCGCCACUAGUGGUAAGAAUUGGAGUGUAUACCGAGUUUGCAAAACUAGAUGAUGGGAAGAAUCGGGAGAGAGGUAUUUAUUUCGUUGAACAAAAUUAUGAACUUCCAAUUCUUUCAUUGAAAUCAGAGAUUGGUCUUGAAAAACCGUCUUUUCUUAUUAACAUUAAUCCUAAUGCAUUAAAAUUCACGAGGAAUAAAGAGCAAAAAAAUUUCUAGGUCAAUUUUCUUCCCGAAAGAUUAGACUCACAAUUUUGUAGAGAUGAAUUUCUCCCGAUUCAUUCAAGAUUAUCUACUUUUUAAUGGCUGACAUUGUACUUUCGCGAAAUGAGAAUGUGGAAGACGCGCACAAUCCGUAACAAGUAACAGAAUAUAUUGAGAAUAUGUUUUACAUUAUUUUCAGUAGAGAUCAAACGACGUUAUUUGGUAACUCUAUUUUAUUUUAUCAGCGAGAAACGAGUUUCUUAAAUGAUUAUUCGACUUAUUGUUUGACUUUAGCUUUAUUUCUUGCAAUAAUUUUUUCGAUGUAAAAUAAUUUUAUCUUUAUAUAGUUGCGUGUGAGAAUAUCAUUACCUGAUAUUAUUGAAUGCAUUACUUUCUCUCCAUUAAUUAUGUAAUUACAUAUAAUUAUAAUAAGAGCAUAUUACGUGUUAAUUAAACGUAUUGUCAUAUAAAAAACCAAGUGAAGUUAAUUUCCCAAUCGCCGAUUUUUGUGAUUGUCGUUAAGUGUCAAUGUCCACUCCGUUUGUUUCAAUUCGAACGGUGUGUGUAAUGUAUCAUAGAAUGUUUACCGUCGCUUUAUCGGAUAGCAUAUUGUAUAUUCGCUGUAUUUCGUUGACAGCUUUGUGACCGAACCUAUUUUUAUAGAAUAAAUAACUUUUAGCAUGUGAAUACGUAUAAGUUCUACAUAGGGACAUAAUAAUAACGAGACAACACACUAUUGAUAAUAUAUAAUAAUAAUAAUAAUAAUAAAUCAUAAUUCUAAUUAAUAUACACAUGCGCCUCGAUAAUAUAGUUUUACACAUUAAUUGACUAUAUUUAAUCAGUAUAUAACAUGUACAGAGUAACGACCCGGGUAUGAACUGCUAUACUGCAAUUAUCGUACUUCCUUUCUUUAACAUCUCACGACACUGUAGGACCACUUUAGACGAUACGUGUAUCGUCGGCGAUUUACACAUUUCAUAACAAUCGUCAUCAAAUAAAACUCUCU